AUGGCUUGUCCCAUUCCUAGCGACCAGAUUCGCCAGAACCUUGAGCGGUCCGCUCGCGAAAAGGGAUUUUGUUCGCCUUUUCAGCUGGGAGGUCCAUACAAACUAGGCUCACAUAUCGAGAACCCAACUGUGGGAAAUGGUGAUCUCAAGCAUCCGGAACCAGACUUCUACUUCGCCUGCCCACCAAACAAGUCUUAUAUCUUCUCAGUUGCCAGGAAGAGCGGACAUGGAGGGCAUGGUAGACCAUCCGGGAUUCGGCUUCAAGGUGGCUUCCUUCCCUACCGAGACAUCACUGCCGACACCUCUGAGCACACCUGGUAUCGGGCGUCUCAACUCCAAAAGACCCACCCGGAUAUUUGUAAGAAAGUCAACAAGCGCCCCAAGGAAUGGGAGGAUCUGUACGACUACUUUGAUGGCGAGGACAUCUACCAGAUGGGUGCCUACAACGCCUGGUGCGUGGUUAAUCUGCUCUACGAGAUGAACCUCCACAUUAGCGAAGACAUCGAGGCCGAGUGGAAGAAGCUGAUGGAUUUGGCUCUCUACGAAUGGCUCGCCAACUUUGAUGAUGCCAAAGAAAAGCUUCUCGCUUUUGACAGGCACAAGACCACCCGCAGCAUCCUCACCGUCCUGGAUGAUGCGUCCAACGUCUUUGAUCUUGACGCACUGACGAGGAACCAGAAGGCAAUGCUCGCGAUAAGGACUGGCCUACUGCGUGAAAAACUGCUGGCAGAGUCAACAGAGAACAGUGGCGUGACUGUGCCUACCCAGUUCAAGCCGACCUUGCGGGUUCCUGAGGCUACACAUGACCAUUACGUCAACAUGCCACUGUCAGCUCCACCAGCCGUGUCCUAUUUCCAGACACAGUCGACCCAGCCCCAGUCUUCUCAGAUUCCGGCCUCGACGCCAGUGCUUUGCAGUACUCUCAGUGACGAGACUCGAUCGAGCUUCAAAGAAGAGACCAAAGGCCCCAAGAAUGACUACCCAAAGACUCCAGAGCAUGGGCGUUUCCAUAGUCGCAGCAAUCACGUUUCCCCGGUCAAGUUUCCUCAGCAUCGUCAACAUGCACCCACUGCUCCAGUGCCUGUCUUCUUCGGCUCACAUUCCCCUGACAAGGGAGAUCAACGGGGCCAAGUGCCAGCGCCGUCGCAGCCUGUUCAACGGGGAGUAUCUGCUCCUUUUGGUUUCCAGUCGCAACAGCAGUUCCCUGUUGCGGUCCCUCAAGGUUAUCAAGGUCCGCAGAUGCAGCCUCCGCCUGUAAUGCCGGAGCAGAAUCAUCGGGUUCGCUUCCACCCGUCCUCGUCGGUCGACAACAAUCAGGCCUACAGCAACAAACAGCAGCCGGCUCGGUCCCGUCAUGCUCAGCAGCCUUCUAAUGGCAACAUGUCUCAUCGCUCACGCAAUUCGAGCACAAGCCCCCAGAAGAACGGCACUUGGGAGCCACGCGACGUGCCAAACUCCAUCCACGGCCCUGUGGUGUGCCGCCCCGGUUCCCGUCGUGACAGCACCUGCCACGACGGCGGCUCAAACCUGUCACUCAACAGCGAGACCCGUCACGCUUCAUCAUCGGUGUUGGAGGACCGACAGAACCUACCCCAUGGCCAACAUAACGGCCAUCACCACAAGCAACAACUGUGCGCCAAUCAUCACCUUGGCCCAUUUGAGCCUUCGGUCGAGUGCGAAUGCCGCGCGUGCUGCGAGAGGAGCCGCAGCGUCAUCGUCUUCUUUGACAAGGAGUCUGUGGCCGAAUCUCACUUGGAGGAUCUGCGCAGGAUCUUUAGCCACUGGGGGCAGAUAGAGCAUGCAUGCAUCUUGUCGAGACGUCCUUAUUAUCAUCACAAAGCCACCUUUGAAGUGGCUGCUGUUCGGUACCAUAGCGAUUCCGUACCACCAGCCGUCCUCCGCGACAUGUUGCCGUCACGCCCAUGUCGUCUGGGCAACAGUAUAGUCCGCGCCAGGCAUCCCAAGGGAUCCAAACACUUCAAGGGCUAUCCGACCUCACCGAACCGUCGUCGCAACUCUGUUGCCAACAGUGCAGCGGCUUCGGGGUCUCGGCCGUCGCAUCAGUACCCAGGUCAGGCCAACCACUCCAUGCCGCCGCCUUCUUGGCCUGCCAACGACAAGCAGGUUAAUGGCAACGGUCCUAACCAUGGUCGACAUGCCAAGAAGCCUGCACACGUCGGGCAAUUGACGCUGGGCCGCGAUCAACAGCAACCGCAGUAUGGUAACAUGGGGCAAGGUCAGACUGGUCUGCCGACUCCACCUAUGUCGGCAAAUCUCAACAUACCAGCACCGCCAGUGCAGGCAUCAGUGCAUAACAUGGUGGGAUUGCCGUACCAAAUGGCACCUCUGCCUACUGGAAUGUCUACAUAUGCCCAUAACCAGCCACCGUUCAACUCGGUCACGACGUACCCUUCAAUGGCUAGUGCUCCGUUGCCUGGCCAGGCCACGUUCGCUUACCACCCGCAACCCGCUCCUCACAACCUACCUCAGCAAGCUGGUCCGUUUCUUGGAUUACCCGCGCCUCCUGCGGUCCCUGCGGUCGCUGCUGUUCCUGGUCCUGGCCUACCUGUCAAACCCAUGGUAGUUGCGAGCGCCAAUGGAGGGCAGAGCGUCUCAUCUCAGACCGGAAAAGACACCCGCCAUAAUAGCAUCACGGUAUCUCGAGAAGGCUCUCACAAGAAACAAGUUCCUAGCAACAAGGUCCAACCACCUCUUGCGGGCAGCCCAAUGACCCAGAAGGAGUUCGCUGAGAAUGGCAAAGUCGAAGCGACCAAGACCAACGAGCCGAAGAAGGUGCCUACGGCCAUCGUCACAGAUCUACAUGGCCAGGCCGAUUCCGGAUCAUCCACUGCCAAUUCGUCCUUUGUGAUCUUGACGCCCGGCUCAUCCUUCAACAGCGCCAGCAACGAGAACUCGCCGUCUCGGACCCAGCCUGAGCCAGAGGCCCGCGACCGCGGUGUAAUCGACUAUGGUACCGUUCGUAUUCGCAUCAAGAAGAACCUCGGUCCGAGCUCUCUUUUCAAUGAGUGGAUGGUAUCUGCCGAGAACGAAGCAAGCGACACUGAGGGAACGGUCAUCGAACCUUCGGCGGACGCUGAACAAGGUGACGUCGUUGUAGUCUCGACCGACACUAGCAACGGUAAGGGUUUGCCGCAGGCCGAUUUGCACUCUGUAAUGCCUGCGGAUGAGAAAUCGGGAAACCCUGAUCUGAGGUCGGAUGGUGGCAGGCACGUUUCGGCCACGACGAACGCUGACAUAAAUGCGACUGGCAUGCCUCUGGCCGGUGACCACGAACAGCACGAUGUGCCGCAGAAGCAGAGCGGGCCCAAGAAGGGUAAAAACAAAAAGAAGAACAAGGCCAAGCAGCAGCAGGGUCAAGAGAGCACAGCUACAAGCUCUGUCGUCGACCGCAAUGAGGCCCACUUUGCAGCGGACGGCAACCAGAACUAUGGCCAGGAGACUGGUGUGCAGGGUCAAGAUGGGCAAGAUAAGAAAUCAUGGAAAAAGAACAAGCGAAACCACCCCAAGAAGACGUUCCAGGCGCCUUCGGAGAAGAGCGACGGAAGCCGCGCAAUGAGCUUGGCGUCUGGUCCGUCUGGUCGAGUAACUCCAGAGCCUGCGGUGCAUGACAACCAAGCAGGCGGUACGGCCGCUGAAGCCAAGCCUGCUGCCACCAACGGGCCACCUUCACCGCCGCACGGAACGGCUGGCUUGGCUGUGACCAAGACGCGCGCUGGUCGAGAAGGACCCGCAACUCUAGCCCAUGAUGACAUCCCCGUCAUUGCUCCUCCAUCGGUCCAGACCGGGCCCGACAGCUCGCCUUUUGCAUCGCAAAAGGACGAGAUUACUCGGCAGUUGAGCGACCGAGAGCCUGCGGUUUCUACGGUCAUGACCAAGCCUCCUCCCAAGUUGAUGAUCACGCAGACGAGCAGGAGCACCACGCUGCCGGCCGGUUUUGAUCCGUUUCCUCGGCCUUUGCGAACCGCCACUCCCAACGCAGCCACUGUUGCGGCAAAACAAGACCAGCCCAAACUGCCUCCAGCGCCGCCUCCAGCACCUGCACGCGAACUAACACCUCCUGCCACGCCAAAGAAGGAUCCAUCUUCUUCCGACCCUCCUCCUGUUCAAGCGGAUCAAGUCGAGCUGCCUCCUUCUCCACCAUCGAGCAGGCAGCCCAGCUUUAACCCCAACGCUCAGGUGUUCGUGUCUGGUGGAGCGCGACAGCCGUCGCAGUUUUCGCAGCCGGCUGCUUCACAGCCUGCUGAACAGCAGGAGGCAAAGAAAUUCCAAAAGAAGAAGAAGCCGGCCAAGAAGCCCCAGAAGCAUCAGCAGAAUCAGGGGCAUCAGCAAAACCAAGAGGAGAAGCCCGCCGUGCCCAAAACCAGCAACGAGUUUAUGAAUAGCACCAACUGGCGCGCCACGGCUCCAGCCGCGAGUCCGCAAAAGGCCAGUGGUGUCCAGAAGCCGCAAGAAGCCGCCAAGUCGCAGAGUGCUGCAGCGACAGUCAACAAUAACACUAGCAACAGCAACCGCAAUGCGGACCGUUCAGUGACGCCAUCGACGCCCCCCGAGCCCGCCUACAAAAAGGGCGACAAGGUAGACGUCAGCAAGGGCGAGACCUUCCUCAAGCACCGCUUUAACGUCAUGUCGGAGCUCAGAGGCCGGUCGCAAAAGGAAGACAGGAGUAGCAGGCUCACCUCGUCGACCUCCACUUCCGCGCCUGUGCAGGGCGGCGCUGUUGACUCGUCCACAUCAUCCUUCGCGGCAAAGGCUCGAAACUCUGACAACGGGAAGCCGAUCCCCUCGCCCGAGUCGUUUAACGCAUGGCCCAGCCUCCCCAGCAGACCCGGGACGGACCAGCCGGACGCGUCGUUGUUGACGCCCCGAGGUGGCGGCCUCAAGCGCGAUGGCGAAAAGAAGGCAUCUUCGCCAGUGAGCAGUGAGAAGAGCGCCGGCACCGCCGCCGCUGAAGCUAAGGGUUCUAGGGUGGCUACGUCGACGUUGCUUAGCUUGAAGCUGACGCAGCACAAGACCCGUGCUAUGAGCAGUGCCAACUAAAUAGGCGACAUGAGAGAGAGAGAAUGAAGAAUGGAGAUUAAUCUUUGGGAUUUUGCAGGAAAUGUUGGUGAUAUAUGAAGGAAUGAAGUCACGAUUGAGAGAUGAAUGAAUGUAUGGGUAUGAAUCAGCCGAGUCUGAUGCCAUCGUGUAAAGAGUUAGCUUCUUUUCUUGAUCUCCCCUUUUUUCAACAGGCAAAAUAUCAGUACUUACCACUUUAAUCAAACCUCUUUGCAG